CACCACCGCACCGCGUUACGUCACAUCGUCUUACACAGGCUGCAGGUUGCAGGAUGUGGUUGCUGUCAACGCUGAUUCCUCUCCUCAGGCUGUAUCUGUGUGGGAUCAAAGUUCUGCUCUACCAAAUGUUCAACCGAACCUUUGAGAUGCCAGCCUUACCAAAGCAAAAGGGAAGGGUUGCCAUAGUGACUGGGGGUACCAGAGGAAUGGGGUUUGAGACUGCAAGACACCUGGCAAGCCUGGGCAUGCAUGUCAUCAUAGCUGGGAACGAGCCAGAAGAGGGCGCUGCAGCUGUCAGGAGGAUAAAUGAAGAAUGCAAUGAAGGAAAAGCUGAGUUUGUCUUUGUGGACCUGACCUCCCUGAAAUCAGUCAGGCACUUUGUCCAGAAGUUCAGAGACAGAUCUCUGCCUCUGCAUGUUCUCAUUAACAAUGCUGGAACCAUGCUGGUUCCUGAGAGACGGACAGAGGACGGCUUUGAAUUCCACUUCUGCCUGAACUACUUGAGCCACUUUCUGCUGACCAACAUGCUGCUGGACCUGCUGAAGACGUCUGGAAGGCAGGGUCGCUGCUCCAGAAUUAUCAACAUGGCCUCUGCCACACAUUACGCAGGAGAGAUAAAUCUGGAGGACCUGAACAAGAGAGCUGUCUACAGCUCCCAUGGUGCCUACUGCCAAAGCAAGUUGGCCCUGGUCCUCUUCACCUACUACCUUCAAGAGCAGCUGACGUCUGGGGGAUUCUCUGUCACUGUCAAUGCUGUGGACCCUGGGAUGGUGGACACGGCACUGUAUGAUAACCUCUGGACAUUAGCACAGAUGAUGAAGAAACCAGUGGCCAGUAUUCUGUUCAGGACUCCAGCAGAGGGAGCCUCCAUAUCGGUGUAUGCUGCAGCUGCCUCUGAGAUGGAAGGGGUGGGCAGCUGUUACCUGUACAACGGUCAGAAGACGCAGUCCUCUGAUCUGUCCUACGACUCUGAGCUGCAGGCCAAGCUGUGGAAAAAGAGCUGCAAGCUUGUGGGACUCCAAGCCUGAUACCAGGAGGACUCCCAUGUCCACAAUGGUCCUUCAUUAUUGACCCUUCUCGACUACGUCACCCAACCUCUUUGAAGCACUAUGACGAUUGUCAGAAGUGACAUACAGGAGCGACUUUGAUUGUUUUCCCAAGUCAUUUUUGCCAAUACAGACAUUACUUCUACUUGUUCAGAAGAAGAAGAAGAUGUUUUAUUUAUAUAGCACUUUUUCAGCAACUGCAGAAGAAGUAGUAGACCUAAUUGUGGCUCAUAGAUUACAGUAUUUAUUAAAGUUGGAAACAGCUAGCUUAGAAAUCGGCCCAUGCCUUCUUCCUUCUGACGUGUUUGUUGAUUUGAUCAAAUCUUUGAUCAAAUAUGGCCUGAAGUCAUAGCACAUGACUUAUGCACCUAUGUCCUAGAUGGCAUUUCCCUUUAAUAGUGUCAAAAAUCUAGAUGCUUAUCAGUUUUUUUGGUACAUGGUUGCCUACAUUAUGUUUUUCCUUGAUGGUUGCAAAUGAUUAGAAGCAUUUUCUUUAGAAGUAUUGUAUUAUUCUCUCCAUAAUACAACAUUUCAUUACAUCUUACUAAUACUGCUUACUUACAAAGUGUAUAUGAACGUUAAUCUUUUUGCACCAAGAGAUGCUAGUCCUUUCAAGCAGCACCUGCUAUCCAUCGCCAUCUUGUUUCCUCAUCAAAGGUUUACGAUCAUAUAACAAGUUUGGUUUGCAUCCUAAUCUGUGCAGCAUCUGUGACUAUUUUACUGUGACAUCAACUGUGUGAUUUUUUUUUUUUUUUUGGACAACCUCUACAGGAGUCAAUGUACACAUAAGUUGUUUUGAUAUCCGUCAUGCCCAAGAGCACGGCAUCUUGUGCAAAGGGUCAAAAGAUCAUACUGAACUACUGCCAGCUUUAAUCUCUGUGGUGAUUUUAUGCUCAAUAAAAUCACCACAGAUUUCACCAUAUGCCUGUUUAAUGUGACUCAAACAAGAAACAAAUCCAAUUAAUUAUGCAGAGAAAUCAGAUAUGUACUCUUUUUUUUCACAAGCCAGCAAUAAUGCGGCCUCAUGACUUUAACUGACCUUUACUUCCAGAGUGACUUGACCUUUCACUGUAAAACUCUUCAGAGUUAUAUACUCUGUCUGGUUUAUUCUUCUGAGGACAAAGAUCCCGUUGCCUUAAGAUGACGUCUGCCAUGAUGCCUGAACUUUGACACACUUACCUUCAUUUUGAAUGAAGUUUGCAGACUACUAUUUCUACAUAUGCCAUCUGAAUGUUUAAGCAUUUCAGUUUGAACUUUAAGCCUGAUAAUUGUUUUUUUAAUUUUAUUGUAUUUUUGUCAGACUGGUGGCCUCACAUUUGAAUCCAGGAUACAGAAAGCCUCACGCCAACUCAGUGACUGAAUGGUGAACAGUUUCUGUGGUUAUAAUGAUGCUUCUUAAAAUUGUGUAGAUCUGUAAAACCUGCUUCUUUUCCACUAGGGGGCAGCAGUAUUUCUGUACUAGUGCAAUUUGAACAUUUCAAAACUUAAACCAGACUCUCAAACAGUUAAUGUUGACUGAUAAAAUCAUAUCAAAUGGUUCCCUUUUAGCCUGUUAAUGCCUUUUUUGUUAGUUUUUGUAUUUUUUUAAAGUACAUAAAAAGUGGCCUAAAUGUUUCUCCGGUUUUUCAUAGAUCAUGUAAGAGAAGCAGCAAGCGUGAACUUUUAGGGUGUGAAGAUGGUGUGGACAGAGAAGACUUUCUUUGUAAUUUAACAUAAUUUGUUUGCAACCUUUUCUGUCUUCUUAAUGUCAUUUAUCAAAAACAUUUAUCAAAAGUCUUACAUUUUCAGCUUUUCCACAUUUUGUCCUGUUCCAACCACAAACCUAAAUGGAUUCCAUGUGACAGACUAACACAAAAUUGUGCAGAAUUGUCAAGUGGGAAAAAAUGAUUCAUGCUUUAAAAAGCACACACAGCUCAAAGUGUUGUUAAGCACCACUUCAGGUAAUAUUCUGCUGCAGGUUUUUAAUGUGUGUCUCUUCGUGAUUUGAGACAAAACAGCUCAGUUUCUGUCAGAUAUAAUGAAGUUUAACAAGUUUAUCUCCUUUUUGUGUCUUAAGUAAAGCCAUGACCUGCAAUGCUGAAGGAAAACACAGCAUACUUUUGCAAAGCAUUGUAUUACUACACAGUCCUUUAAUAAAGCAUUUCUACUUUGUUAAUAGACUUGCAGUUUAUAUUUGUGUUUUUGUUGUAAUAAGCAGCAAAAAAUAAAUUAUGUAUAGGAAAUGUCUCACCAGUUGCUGUUAAGAGUUGAACACACUUCACCUCAUCUCUUUAUUGUAUACAAUAAACAUGUAUUUUUUGCACUGCUGUCAAAGAUUCAAAAAAAUUAUUAAAUUGCAUGUGACUACUCUGAGUUGUUUGUUUGUUACCGUGGUUUAGGACACAGGCAAAUAUUUCUAGUCAGACGCUAAACCUGUUUAGCCUAGCACAGCUUAUGAGUAACUAUUUUUAUGCUAACACUAUUCAACUUAAAAUCUAAAUAAUUAAACUAUUAUAAACUGUAAGUUGCAAACUGUUUAAAUCCCUCGUGUGUGUGUGUGGGCGUGUGUGUGUCUGUGUGUAAAAAUAAAAUAUUUCAGCUUCAUGAUCAGUUGUACUCUCAGAAUCUCCUACUAGAUGUUAGUGUAGGUCAGUAUCACGUAUUCCUCUGAUUAUCAAUAUAGAUAUGAAACACUUAUUCAUCCGAAUGUGAUCUUCUUCAGAGUCUCAGACACUGAUGUUACACUGCUGUCCUACACUGACACCUAGUGGGGGAUCCUGAGAUUACAACAGACAAUGAAGCUGAAAUAUGUAAUUAAUUUUUAUAUAUCAUUUAUGACAGCAACAAACUUAACUAACUUUAAGAGAAGAAACACAACAGCAGAGUAGAUGACACUUGUUUUGUUUUCAAAUAAAAUUUUUUUUUUUUUAAAUCCAAUAGAUUUUCAUCAAAAUCUCUUUGGAGAUAACUCAGAAAUUCUUACCCCAUUAAAUAUAUAUUUUUAUCAGAGUUCCCAAAAAGACACAUACAGCCCUUAUAAGCGUCAUUUAAAAAUGCAUUGCAUAAACAUAAGUUCGAGAGGGCAGCAGAACCCUUAAAUUCUUACUCAGAAACAUGAAUAGCAGCUGAUCCUGAGCAGCCAAGUGUCUGAUCCAGUUUCUCACAGGUGGCGUUAAAAUGUCUACAUUAGAGGAAGUCCUUUCUGCGUGAAAAAUACAGUGUUUUUGUAGGCUGAUUGUGGAAAGUUCCAGGUGAGUAGCUGGUAUGUGGAAUGAGAAGUCGGUGCAGUGUGUGGGCGAGGCUGAUCUCUGACAUGACACAGCAUGUUGGUGAAUAAUGAAUUUCUUCAAGUGGAGCUGUUAGCUCAGAGAAGAGCACAUUUUGUCCCACAACACCCACAAACAUCAGCUUCAUAAAUACUGAGGAAUCCAACAUAAAACAUAAAGUCCCAGAAGUUCUGACUGCAGUUUGCUACAGACAUGUGGAAGAUUGUGUUCUGCUCUGAGAAGAACAAAAUGGAUCUUUCGGGCCUAUAAGCAAAACACUGAAAUGGAAAAAAAAAUAAUCCAACACAUAGCUCUAAAUUCACUAUGGUGAAACAAGGUGGUGGGAGCAUCAUGCUGCAGGAAUGCUUAAAAAAUGUUUAAACCAUGGUUAUUUCACUACUUUGUGUCUAUUUUUCCAUGGAGGCACAAAUAAAGAAUAUUCUCCUCGAUUCACAUCCAAAAACCAAGGAUUGUGUUUAAAAUAUGACUGGAAGUAGGGCUGGGCGAUAUGGCUGAAAAACAUAUGAGUGCUUCACGUCAAUAUCAAUACUUAUCGAUUGGUUUUUCCUUUUACAUGACCAAAAUACUGCCAAACUGACCUGUUCUGUUUUGUCCACAAUUUCUUCUUGAGCCGUUGUACUCAUGUUGUCCUUUCAGAAAAUAAGUCCAGUGGUAACUUGGUGAAACACAGCCCCUUGUUUGCCUAAGCUCUGCUUCGUACAGAUGGUGAGAAAGAAUUAGUUCCUGGAGGUGUGGGCUCUGUUAAGUUUGAAACUUUACAAACGUUUUGCCAUGACGUAUAUAAUGCACCAGUUCAAAGCGUCCGAAAUUGCCUGCGCUGUAAACAACCUCCGCUACCACUGCUAAAGUUUCAGCCAGAAUACAAACAAAAUUGUUGUCAUCUUUCAUAAUUUCUCCGGUUUACUGAUUGGCCCGGUAGAAAUUCUACUGAAGGAAUCCAAGUGAAUGAGAGAAAGCCCAAACUGUCUGUGAAGUGAGAAUUGAGCAGAAUUACACAGGAAGGCAAAAGCUAGAGGCACAGUGGCAAAACAACAAACUGCUGCUGCACAAAUUACUCAACAAGUUAUUGCUAGAUUACCAAUGAGUGAGCAGUUGACCAGCUAACGUCUUUCCUUUGCCUACAUCCCCCAGAAUGCAUUGUGGUUCUAAAUUGAAGUUCAUUAAAAUUAUUGGAAUAUUCUGUUGAAUGUAUUUUCUGUUGAUAUUGAGCAGAUAUUGAUAUUCUGUUAUCACGAUUUAUAUUGUUAAUGAUUUAUUGUCCAGCCCAAGCCAAAGACAAACAGGACACUGUACAUUAACUAACACUGUGUCCUGUACCUUACAACUUUUUACAACUAAUUUCUGUAAAUAAACAUUCUUAAUUAUGAGCCUCUCUAAAUCCAAAGCAUUAACUUAUCUUUGGCCUAACUUUGGUCAGUUCAGGUUAAAAAUGUGCAGAGACACAGAACACACACACCAACGUGUUACCUAACUCGUCAGACCUAAUGAACCCCAUGAAAUCCAGAUUAGCCCUGAUGGCUCCUGCUCCAGGUUGCACACGGAGGCUGUCAGCUGAGGACGGAUAAAAGGAAGCAGGCCAACCCAGAGCCGGGUCAGAAUGGCACAGCUGGCUAAUCUGGAUUAGUUUUUCAGCUUCUUAUGGGACACUUAAACUUUGGACUAUAACUAAGCAAAAC